AUGAGACAUGGUGUGGGACUAUCGACCAGUUCUGACAGCGAAUUGAUCACCCAGCUGCUGGCAUUUACACCUCCACUAGAGAAUGAUGAUACCCCAGACUGGGUGGCAAGAAUCAAAAAUUUAAUGAAUGAAACCCCUACUUCAUAUUCACUACUAAUGAUGCAUAAAGACAUAAUCUAUGCAGUACGUGAUCCCUAUGGGAAUCGUCCACUCUGCAUUGGUCGUCUCAUUUCAGUAGGCAGUAUGAGUGGAAAAGGGAAGAAAAACAGUGAAACAGAAGGAUGGGUGGUCUCCUCUGAAUCCUGUAGCUUUUUAUCUAUUGGUGCACAGUAUUAUCGUGAAGUCCUCCCCGGGGAGAUUGUGAAGAUAUCCAGAUAUGAUGUCCAAACACUGGAUGUUGUACCAAGACCUGAAGGAGAUCCAUCAGCAUUUUGUAUCUUUGAAUAUGUUUAUUUUGCAAGGCCCGACAGCAUUUUUGAAGGUCAAAUGGUGUAUUCAGUCAGGAGAAGAUGCGGUCAGCAGCUUGCUGUUGAAGCACCAGUGGAAGCAGACUUGGUUAGCACGGUACCAGAAUCUGCAACACCAGCAGCACUAGGUUAUGCACAAAAGUGUGGGCUGCCAUACGUUGAAGUACUUUGUAAAAAUCGAUAUGUAGGAAGAACUUUUAUUCAGCCAAACAUGCGGUUAAGACAACUAGGAGUGGCAAAAAAAUUUGGAGUCCUAUCUGACAACUUUAAAGGCAAAAGAAUUGUGCUAAUCGAUGAUUCUAUUGUGCGGGGUAAUACCAUCUCUCCCAUAAUAAAGCUGCUCAGGGAAUCUGGUGCUAAGGAGUGCACUUACAAGGUAGAAAGAGAGCCAGUAAAAACAAAGAAAGCAAAUGCACAACAAGAUGUAUCAAAGGUGCACAUCCGUGUGGCUUCACCUCCCAUAAAAUUUCCUUGUUACAUGGGAAUAAAUAUUCCAACAAAAGAAGAACUAAUUGCCAACAAACCUGAAUUUCAUGACCUUGCAAAAUACAUAGGAGCGGACAGUGUGGUUUAUCUUUCUGUGGAAGGGUUGGUAUCAUCUGUACAAGAAAGUAUCAAAGCAAGGCAAGAAAAUCAAAACAGCCUUAAAACCAAUAAGUCUCGUGUUAGAAAGAUUGGCCACUGUACAGCAUGUCUUACUGGGGAAUACCCAGUAGAGCUCGACUGGUGA